AACCGAGCUAACAUCAAUGUUUUUCCUUUGCCGAAACGCACAAGCCAGAUUGUGACCCAGGCCUAGGCUGGCGCUGCAGAUCCACUCUACCUACACAGAGCCCCACCCCAAAUUUCUAUUUUUCUAUGAGCAGUUCUGCAGCUCUGAUUUUUUGAUUCCGCUGAAGCACUCCAACGGAAUCUUCCCAGAUCCUAACCAGGACUGUCGCCUUUAUCCAGGCAACAUGACCGCCACGCUUGGCUUGCCCGACGAUGAGAUCGAUCGUCUCCUCUCGGAGGCCGAGGCUCGGCUUUCUGGUAACUGCAGCCCAGAUGCCGCGGGCGCCAUGACUGCUACGACGGUUCCGGCAACUGUUGCAGCACCUGUUACGGCGUCUGUGGCGGUAACUGCUGGGGAACAUACAGCAGUUGCGGACAAGAAGUCUGAAAUGCUGUCACUUCGGGUUCCCCAGCUUGCCCAGAAGAAGAAGGGGCCCCCAGAUACACUCUCGGAGUGGUACAACCUACCUCGCACAAACUUGACGCCCGAGCUAAAGCGCGACCUCCAAGUCCUGCGGAUGCGUGACGUGGUUGCAAUGGGCAAGCAGUUCUUCAAGCGAGAUACCCGCAAAGACUUCGUCCCCGAGUAUAGUCAGGUGGGCACCAUCAUUGCUGGGGCCACUGAUGGUAUUAGCGGGCGCCUGACGCGCAAGGAGCGGAAGCGGACGAUCGUUGAGGAAGUGUUGUCGGGCGAGAACGUCAAUAAGUUCAAGAGCAAGUACCAGGACAUCCAGGUACAGAAGAGCAGCGGGAGGAAGGGUAUCCUGCGAGCGCCUUCCGGUUGGUCACGCGCGCUACUCAUAUUCUCCGUCUGCGCCAUGCGGCACCUCACCACCACCAGGGAGUUCACGAGGCGAAGGCCUUGGUAUUUCGGGCUGCCCCAACGCCGAUGCAAUACCCGCCGGCGCAGUUCCGGCUACCUUGAGCAUCUGGAGUCUGUCACGCUGUCUGCGGGGGUGAUGUUUUUGGCUGAGCUGAAGUUCUCGGCGGGUGCUGAUAUCGAUAAGAACCCUGACCAUUCGCGCGCCAAAAAUUGGUGCCGCGCCAGAGCGAUCCAUCCGAGUUCGACAUCCACCACAUCCAAGGCCAAUGCCACCUCGAUCGGCCGUGGUCGGCGUCCCGCGAGCCUCGACGCAGCCUCGCACCUUUGCUUCGGUAGGACCGGUAGAGCCGAUGAGCCCACUCCCGCAAAGUCGAGCGCCCAACCAACCGCCACCCAAUCUGCCGCGACGACCAGCGACUCCAAUGCGACGCGCGUCUCCCGCAUGCCCCGCGCCCUGGAGGCGCUCUACCUGAAGCCGCUCCGGCGGCAGGCCGAGUACGGGGUGCCGUCGUGCGACCUGCAGCUGCGGUCCUACUCGGUGCGCAACCUCGAGUUCUUCUGCGACUUUGCGCUGCGCGCGGCCUACUACCUGAACCUACCCGCGUAUGGGCCGGUGCCGCUGCCGCGGCUGGUCGAGCGCUGGACGGUGCCCAAGUCGACCUUCAUCUUCAAGAAGAGCCAGGAGAACUUUGAGCGCAUCACGCUGCGGCGGCUGAUCCAGAUCCGCGACGGCCAUCCGGAGACGGUCAACCUGUGGCUGGCGUUCCUGCAGAAGCAUGCCUACUAUGGGAUCGGUAUGAAGGCGAAUAUCUGGGAGUUUAGCAAGUUGGGCGUUGGGAAGGAGAUGGACAAGAGCAUCCAAGAGACGGAGAAGCUGCUGGAGGACAAGUGGGAGCAUCUGGGCUACAUGGAGAGACGGCCCGAACACAGGGCCAAAGGCAAGGAGCCCGGAGAGCACCAGCCUCCGGCCGCGGAGCUUGCCGAGUACCUUGCCGCGGAGAGGAGGAGGGUUUUUGGCGGGCGCUUAUGUCCAUCACUUGACGCUUCCUUGUCUCUCAUCACCACGCCACGCAGCCGACGGAGGCGAGGUAAAGGGCCGACAUACAACGGCCCAUCGGGUGCGCGAUUCACACCCGCCAAUACGAAGAAGGCUAGCAUCGACAACGGCCGCAGCGGUCACUACAACGAAACGGCAGCUGCUUAUGACGGGGAUGGGAUGGUCAUCUUCUCGGGCAUUCAGCCGACGGGCGUGCCGCACCUUGGAAACUACCUCGGCGCCAUGCGCGAGUGGAAGCGGUUACAGGACACGGCGCAGCCUUCGACGAAGCUGUUCUUCUGCGUCGUCGACCUGCACGCCAUGACGGUGCCGCGGCCGAGAGAGGAGCUCUACGAGAACAGGAUCCAGAUGCUGGCCGCCCUGCUCGCCAUAGGGCUCGACCCGAAGCGCUGCACCAUCUUCUUCCAGUCGGCCGUGCCGGGCCACGCGGAGCUGCAGUGGAUUCUGAGCUGCACGGCGUCGACGGGCUACCUGUCGCGCAUGACGCAGUGGAAGAGCAAGAUGCAGCUGGGCGAGGACGCCUCGCUCAACAGCGCAAAGGCGAGGAAGCACCUCAAGCACGGCCUCUUCUCGUAUCCCAUCCUGCAGGCGGCCGACGUGCUCCUCUACCGCGCCACGCACGUGCCCGUGGGCGAGGACCAGCGCCAGCACCUGGAGUUCGCGCGCGAGUGCGUCACCAACUUCAACCACGCCUACCGGACGGACUGCCUCGUGCCGCCCACGACGCUGAUCUCGCCCGCCAAGCGCGUCAUGUCGCUCACGAACCCGCUGCAGAAGAUGUCCAAGUCGGACCCGUCGCCCAAGUCGCGCAUCCACAUCUCGGACUCGCCCGAGACGAUCAACGCCCGGAUCAAGGGCGCCCUGACCGACUCCGUGUCCGACACGGUCACGUACGACCGCGACAAGCGGCCCGGCGUGGCCAACCUGCUCGAGAUGUUCGCCAGCUUCGACCCGCAGGGCCGCACGCCGGCCGAGCUGGGCGACGAGAUGCGCGGCGUCAGGAUCGUCGAGCUCAAGGAGAUGGUGGCCGACGUCAUCUGCCACGAGCUGGCGCAGGUCCGGCAGGACUAUUUGUUUUACACCUCGCCCGAAAAGAGGACGCGUCUCCGCGACCUGGCAAACUACGGGAACAAUAGGGCCGCCGAGGCCGCUGCCGAGACGAUGGCGCUCGUCAGGGAGGCCGUCGGGCUGAAUUCGAUAUGAGACCGGUUUAUCGAUGGAUGAGUGGGUGAUCGGCUUUGUAACUGUACAAUAAGAUAGAUAUCUCUAGGACGUGUAGGCUUGUGUAGUAUAGUAUGGCAAAGUGUUGAUCUAACGUCCGGG